AUGGCAUUCGAUACUCGAUAUGAUCCUGACGUAUAAUAACUAUUUAAUGAAAUUAUUAUAGUUGAAAAAUGUUGAAAAGAAAAUAAGUUGAUUUAAAUUUAUUUUGUAUUCACCAAAUAACGAACUAUGGAAUUGCAUAAUUAAAUCAAGAUUAUUUUAUAAAAUUGCUAAUUAUAUUGACUGACUAUCGGAAAUUGAUUUUCGUUAAACCCAAUAUCUAUCUAAUUAAAAAAAGUUUGAAAUCAAUGUAGAAUACUAAUAUGAAUCUUUAACUGCAGUUAUUCAAAGUGGGGACAAGCUAAAAAUUUUACUGAAUAGUAAACCAACAAAAUUGAAUUUCAAUUGAAUAUUUCAAAUAAGCGUAAAACUGUCGAUUAAAGAAUGAUAUAAAUGUAUUUAAUAGAUUUUUAAUAAUAAAAUGCUAAAAUGUACUAAAAUAAAAAGUAAAGGUGUGGAUAGAAAAUUAGAUUAUUUUGACAGAUCCUGUAAUUCCAAUCCCCAAGCACAUAGAAAUUAUGUUCAAGAUAUUAAUUCUUUGUAUAAAAUAUUUGAUUAUUCUGAAAAAGAAUUGCCCACCAUGACAAAAAAAUAUGUAUCUUUUGGAGAGUUUUUGCAAAUUGAGCUGACCAGAGGUUAUCAGUUAGAACAUGAAGAACAGCGAUUUUCAGCACGUAGAGAAAAAAUAUAUUCAUUUUUUAAAAUUCCUCGAGAAGUCGAAAAAUUUAUGAUAUAUGGCUUUUUUCAAUGUGCUGACUCGUUUUUAUACGUUUAUACAUUUUUACCAUUAAGAUUUAUAAUGGCUGUGUGGGCUAUUAUUAUCAGGCGUGUGAAACAAUUUAUAGGAAAAAAGCAGUGUUGCAAACAAAAAAAAGAAUAUUUAACUUCAGCAGAAAUAUGUGAUUUGUUAAAAGGAAUUGUAGUUUUCAGUUGCUGGAUUAUAACUUGGAAAGUUGAUACUUCAAUGAUGUACCAUUUAGUUAAAAGUCAGUCAGUUAUCAAACUUUAUAUUUUUUAUAAUAUGUUGGAAGUUGGUGAUCGACUUUUUAGCGCUUUUGGACAAGACACUAUCGAUGCAUUACUCUGGACUGCGACAGAGCCAAGAUCUAAAAUCCGUUCAAUGCACUCUCAACACCUAGGAACAUUACCGCAUUUGUUUUUUGCAGUUGUAUAUGUCCUAUUGCAUAGUAUUUUAGUGCUUUUUCAAGCAACUACAUUAAACGUUGCAAUUAAUAGUAGCAACAAAGCACUCCUAACUAUAAUGAUGUCAAAUAACUUUGUAGAAUUGAAGGGCUCCGUCUUUAAGAAAUUUGACAAAAACAACCUUUUUCAAUUAUCAUGCAGUGAUGUAAGAGAACGUUUUCAUUUAGCAAUGUUACUUUUGGCUGUCACUUUGCAGACAAUGAAAGAAUAUGCAUGGCGUGCUGAUCGUUUGGCGAUUCUGCUACCAGAUUGCAUAUUACUAUUAUUCGCAGAAGUUUUGGUUGAUUGGGUGAAACAUGCUUUCAUUACUCGUUUUAACGAAUUAUGUUCAAUAGUAUAUAGAGAAUAUACUGUUAGUUUAGCAUAUGACAUGGCUCAAACAAGACAAGAAACAGCUUGUUCCGACCCUUCUGAUUUAGUUGCCAGAAGGAUGGGCUUUAUUCCACUACCUCUUAGUGUUGCAAUCGCUCGAGUAUUAUGCAGUACUUUGACACCUUCAGCAAAGCCAAUGAACAUCCUACUUAUAAUAUUAGCUUAUUUGAUCUUGACAACGUUACGAAUAUUUAUCAAUUUGAUGAUUCUAGGACCUGCUUGUGAUCUUAUCAGUCUACACCCACAAUCAACUUUGAUAAAGCAUGAAAUUAACAAGAAAAAUAAAGGAAAUAACGAUUGGAAAAAUACGCUAUCUGAAAAUGAAAACAUAUCUACAGAAUUACUAUCAAAUAGUUCUUCAAGGUCGAAUAACAAAUUCCUUACUCAGACUAUGCUGUUAAAAUCAUAUGAACAAUUAGAUACAAAUUUUACUCUAGAAUGCACGCAAUUUCAGCGACUGGAUAAUUUUCCAUCUCUUCCAACGACUCUUGUAAGAGCUGGGAGCGAACCUCUGUUAUUAUCACAAUAAAGUUUCUAUUUUUAAUUGAUCUAUUGUAAUAAAAAUUAUAUUUCAUUAACAAGAAACAAUAAGAAAUAAA